AUGGAGCGAAGGGGGCCACAUAACCUCACUUCAGUCGAAAAAAAGCGUCUGCGCGACCGUCGGGCACAGCAGAAUGUACGAGACAAACGAAUCAAACACAUCCAGAAUCUAGAGCAACAACUCAGCAUGUGUAAAUCACUUCACCGCCAACAGGAUAUCAGCAACCUACUGAGAACAUGCAAAGUCCUUCAAGAAGAGAAUCGGCUUCUCCGGGAGCGUCAAUCUCAGCUCCAUGAGCUCUUGGCAUCCUGGAACAAUCAAUCGCCAGAGACUCCUAUUAUGUUGUGCAAUUCCUCAGACGAUAAUGACAGCAGCAACAAGAAAAACAGCUCCAACGGCGAUGACAGCAGCGGGAGCUUGGAUUUUCUAACUGCGCCCGACGACGCACAAUUAUUUCAAUUUGACAACUCAGUUCACAGGAUCCCCGAUCCCUUCACUCCUGAGUCGUCAAACGAUGGUCCCCACUCGGUCAACGAUUCCCAAAGCCCUACCUCAGAUGAUCCUUCGGUAUCUGUGACUACUGGAGAGCUCUUAUCUUGGUUUCAACUAUUUACAAGUAGCUUCCCUGCUUCGCCUUGUUUACCAACGUCGCUGCCGAACACCAAUCCCACCCCAAAGUACACUCCUUGGGACGCCGACCUUUGCUACGUGCUUGAUGCUCCUCCGGUCCCUUCAGUUCAAGGUAUGCUGUUCGGUUCAAAGCAGAAUACCUUUGCAAGCAGCGUCAAGGGUUGCCUACAAGAAUGGCGCUGUGGAGACCCAGAAAGACUAGCAGCCGGGUGGCUCAUCUAUUCUUUCAUGAAGUGGCCUAUUAACCCAACUGCUGAAACCUUUGCACGUUUGCCCUCAUGCCUGAGACCGACCCCGGAACAGCUACAGCUUCCACACAAUGGAUUUUUGGACGUCCUGUUAUGGGAAAAGUUGCGCGUGAACAUUAUAAAACACCAGAAUAAAUAUGACAUCACCCAAGUUUUACGAACUUUGGGGUCAUCCCUCAGAGUCAAGUGGCCUCGUGGAGAGAGUCUAGUAGAAUCAAAUGGAGACGAUGGACUCAUUAUACGUUACGAGUUCCUUGAACGCUUUAUGGAUGAUGAUGGAUGGGGGCUCUCUUCUGAAUUUAUUACCCGAUUUCCAGAGCUUGUGGAGGGUCUGGAUAUACAGAAGAUAGCAUAUGAUGUGGAAGCUUGA